AUGCCUCGGGGUCAGAAGAGUAAGCUCCGUGCACGUGAGAAACGCCGCCGGGUCAGGAGUGAGACCCAAGGUCUCAGGGGUGCUCAGGCCACUUCAGCAGAGAUAAAGUCCCCUGAGUCCCCCUCUCCUGUUUCUGGGGGUACUCGGCUGAGCACCCCUGCUGCUGGCAAGCCUCAGAGAGCCCCAGCCACUGGCUCUCCUGAUGCAAGGGUUUCACGCCCAGGAUCUGAUGUAGGUGCCAAGAGCCAAGUUCAGAAAAGUAGAAAUUUCUCCCGAGCCUCAACCUCCAGUGAGAGCUCUCACACAGAUCCUCUGACCAGGAGGGUGGGGAUGUUGAUGCAAUUCCUGCUAGAGAGAUAUAAAAUGAAGGAGCCCAUCAUAAAGUCUGACAUGCUGAAGCUUGUCAACAAAAAGUAUAAGUUGCAUUUCCCUGAGAUCCUCAGGAGAGCCGCUGAGCGCAUGGAGCUGGUCUUUGGCCUUGACUUGAAGGAAGUCAAGCCAAAUGGUCACUCCUAUACCCUUGUCAGCAAGCUAGACCUCAACGAUGAUGGGACUCUGAGCGGUGGCUGGGGGCUUCCUAAGAAUGGGCUUCUGAUGCCCCUCCUGGGUGUGAUCUUCUUGAAUGGCAACCGCGCCUCUGAGGAGGAGAUCUGGGAAUUCCUGAAUAUUUUGGGCGUCUACGAUGGAAAGAAGCAUUUAAUCUUGGGGGAGCCCAGGAAGCUCAUCACUGAAGAUUUGGUGCAGGAAAAGUACCUGGAGUACCGCCAGGUGCCCAACAGUGAUCCUCCUCGCUAUGAGUUCUUAUGGGGCCCCAAAGCCCACACUGAAACCAGCAAGAUGAAAGUCCUGGAGUUUUUGGCCAAGGUCAAUGAUACAGUCCCCAGUGCCUUCCCAGUGCAUUAUGAAGAGGCUUUGAGAGAUGAGGAAGAGAGGGCCCAAGCCAAAAUGGCAGCCAGAGCCCGUGCUGCUGCCAAGGCCAGUGCGCGUUCCAAGGCCCGUGCGCGUUCCAAGGCCCGUGGGCAUUCCAAGGCCGCUGGAAUACCUCCUGCCCCUAGUGAGGUCUAA